GAAUUCUUCUUAUUCUAGUUCAACAUUCAGAAUCAACAUCUGAAAAUCUUGCUGCUCCUCAUUUGACCAGUGCAGAAUCAUCAGGAAUGAAUAGAAAUCAACAAGAUGAAAAACAAUUGCAUCAAGAUUCCCAGUCACAAUUUAUAGAAAAUAUAUCUUGUCUAGAAAAACUUGGAGCUGAUAUGGAACAUAUUUUAAGAAAUGGUUUUUCUUGGUGGGGCUAUUUUGUUGCUGAACAUCCAAUUUCUGUUAUGCUAUGCUCAUUGUUAAUUAGUUUGGUUUUGGCCUCUGGACUGUUGUUUAAUUUUACUGUCACUACUGACCCAGUUGAUCUCUGGGUUUCAUCAAACAGUGAAGCACGUCAGAACAUGGAAUACUUUAAUAGACACUUUGACCCCUUUUAUAGAGUUGAACAUUUAAUUAUUACUCCAAAUGAUCAGAGUAAAUUCUUUCAACCUGCUGUGAAAAAUUUUAAAUUACAAAACUUUACAUGGGGACCCAUAUUUAGAAAAGACUUCUUAAUCCAGGUGUUGCAGCUUCAAAAUGACAUAGAAAAUAUUGUUGCUGAAUUUGAAGAUAAGAAUAUUACUUUAGAAGAUAUAUGUUUGGCUCCAUUAUCUCCUAUUAGCAAACACUGUGCUAUUCAAAGCAUAUUUGCUUACUUUCAGAAUGACUUAACAAAAUUAAUUAAUUCACCUGACUAUUUGAGUCAUUUUCUAGAAUGUUCAGUAAACAAAGCUCUGCCUGACUGUUUUGCUCCAUAUGGUGGACCAUUACAAUCUGUAGAAGCUGCUUUAGGAGGUUUUCAAGAUACUCAAUAUAAUACUGCAGAGGCAAUUGUAAUUACUAUUCCUGUGAAGAAUUUUUAUGAGAAAGAUUUGAAUAUGAAAGCUUUGGCCUGGGAGAAAAAGUUUCUUGAGUACAUGAAAAAGUAUAAUAAUUCAAAUAUGACUGUUGCAUACAAGGCAGAGCGAUCAAUAGAAGAUGAAUUGGAAAGAGGAAGUCAUUCUGAUAUUUUGACUGUUGCGAUCAGUUACAUCAUUAUGUUUGUAUAUAUAGCAGUAGCACUUGGUGAAGUGAACAGUUGCAGUCGUAUUUUAGUUGAUUCCAAAAUUUCCCUUGGACUUGCAGGCGUUCUCAUUGUAUUAGUAUCUGUUGUAUCAUCAUUGGGAAUAUUUUGUUAUUUUGAAGUGCCAGCUACAUUGAUUAUUAUUGAAGUAAUCCCUUUCCUUGUAUUGGCUGUGGGUGUAGAUAAUAUUUUUAUUCUUGUACAAGCUUUUCAGAGAGAUGAACGUUUACCUGAGGAAAAAUUGCCUGAUCAGAUUGGGCGUGUUGUUGGAGAUGUAGCACCAAGUAUGAUGUUGUCUAGUCUGUCUAUGUCCAGCUGUUUUUUUAUUGGUGCUGUUACAGAUAUGCCUGCUGUGAAAUUAUUUGCCUUAUAUGCUGGUGUUGCAUUAUUAAUAAAUUUCUUUCUUCAGAUGACUUGUUUUCUUGGAUUAUUUACAUUAGAUUCAUAUCGACAGGAGAAUAAUAGGUAUGAUGUCUGUUGGUGUAUACAGUCUUCAAAAAAAGAGAAAAAUUUGCUUAUAUCUAAAGGCUUACUAUACAAAUGUUUCAAGAACUUCUAUGCACCUUUAUUAAUGAGGACAGAAGUAAAAGUACUUGUAUUGAUAUCAUUUUUGGCUUGGCUAUGUUCCUCACUUGCUGUGAUUGAUAAACUAGAUAUUGGAUUUGAUCAAGAACUUUCCAUGCCAGAGGAUUCGUAUAUGCUCAGGUAUUUUGAAUAUUUGAAUCAGUUUUUGUCAGUUGGUCCUCCUGUAUUUUUUGUAAUUACUGGUGGAUACAAUUACUCAGACAAAGAUGCUCAAAAUAAAAUAUGUGCUAGCCAGGGAUGUGAUGAUGAUUCAAUCAUGGCCCAAUUGAAGUGGAUGGCAGACAGAAGUAAUCGGUAA